ACUCCGAAAAAGAUUACUCCAUCAAACAAUGCUCCCAAAAAGACUACUCCAGUAAAAACUACUCUUAAAAAGACUACUCCAUCGAGCACUACUCCGAAAAAGACUACUCCAUCAAAAUCUUCUCCCAAAAAGAUUAUCCCAUCAAACAAUACUCCCAAAAAGACUACUCCAUCAAACACUACCCUCAAAAAGAUUAUUCCUGCUAUCACGUCUCCAAAAAAGACUACUCCACCAAACACUACUCCAGUAAAAAAGACUACUUCAUCAAGCACUGCUCCCAAAAAGGCAACUUCAGCAAAUAAACCCCCCAAAAAGACUCCAGGGGAAAAAAUUAAACCUUCCCCUAAAAAAGAUGCUCCACCAAAGUCCAAUACUCAAAAGAAAACUGAACCAAAGAUAAAAGUUACAAAGCACGAGCCACCAAAGAACCCAAAACCAGCACCCAAAAAUGGCUUAAACUCACAGGCAAAAGUUAAUCAGAAUAUAUUUAAGGUGGUAAAGACUUUUCCAAAAAAGAAAAAACAUCAUUACACAACUACUCCUCCUUCAACCAAGCAACCACCAACAGAGGACUUUUUUUCUACUAUUUCUUCCAGCAUUACCUGUACAACAAUAAACCUCCUUUUCCCUGAGUCAAAAAUCAAUGUGCCAUACAACAUUAAUAACAUAGAAGUUACAAAUGAAACUCCAUGGUGGUACCAUGACAGCACAAAUACUGGACCAACAACACUCAGUACUUUCGAUGAUCUCGUAAUUCCCACUGAAAAUAGUUUGGUCAAGGAUGUCACAAUGCCCAGGGAAGCCGUGCCUUACAUAGAUGUCCCAGUGACUAAAAGCGUUGACGUUUCAGUUACCAGUAGCAACAAUCGUGAUGGUGGUGACAUCACAGUGUCUUACGCUAAAAGUGGCACAAACGUAUUAACAAAGCCCAAGGUUAACAAGAGUAAAUUUAAGGUGGUAAAGACUUAUCCAAAAAAGAAAACACAUUAUUACAUAACUACUUUCCCUCCAUAUUCAAGUGGGGAGCACCCAAUACAGGAUCUUUCUUCUACUAUUUCUUCAAGCAUUACUGGUACAGCAAUAAUCUCCCUUUUCCCUAAAUCAAGAAUCAAUGCCCCAUAUGUCAGUAAUAGCAUGGAAGCUACAGAUCAAACUCAAUCGUGGUAUCAAGACAGUGCAAAUGCUGGAACAACAACACUAAGUACUUUUGAUGAUCUCGUAAUACCAACUGAAAACAGUUUUGUCGAGGAUAUCACAACGCCCAAUAAAGCCAUGCCUUACAUCACUGUGCCAGUGACUAAAAGCGUCGAUGUUUCAGUCCCCAGUGAUCCCAGUCACAAUCCCAGUAGUGAUGCCAUUACAGUGUCCUAUAGCAAAAGUGGCGUAAACUCAAAAGCCAAAGUCGAUAAGAGUAGAUUUAAGGUGGCAAAGACUUAUCCAAAGAAGAAAACAC